UUUUAUUAAAACUGCAGCCCUGGCCAAAGUGAAAUGAGUUUGAACGGUUGAAAAAACAAACACCUGGCAACAUAGCGGGAAAUGUAAACUUACCUGCUAUUCACAACUGUGGUGCUUGGGGGGCUUUAAAGUGAUGCAGGUCUUUCUGCUAUCUGAGUGGAAGAGCCAUCUUCAAACAAGUGGCUUUGGUCGUUGAAUAGCCCCCCACUGCCAGCAGCACCCUCAUCCCAUACUUGCUCCUUUUAAUUUCUGAUGGCUCUAUGGCCCAUCUUCACCCUCAGCCUUCUAUGCUGGGAGUGUUCUAGACCUGCGGAGGCAGGGGCGGCGGCCACUCUGCCAAAUGACAAACCCAGGGGCCCCUUGGACUGGCUCUUGUCUGACAAAGGGCCGUUCCACCACUCGCCGGAGUACAUCGACUUUGCAGAGAAAAACAGACAAGGCUUCUCUACCAGAUACAAGAUAUACAGGCAAUUUGGAAGAUGGAAAGUAAACAAUUUGGCUGCAGAAAGAAGAGAUUUCUCAGAGUCUCCGUUACCUUUAACGUCUGAGUUCAUCAGGAAUAUUCGACUCCUCGGCCGCAGGCCCACCACCCAGAUGAUCACUGAUAACCUGAUCAGGAAGUAUGGUACUCACUUCUUGUUGUCAGCUACACUUGGAGGAGAGGAAGCCUUAACAAUAUUUGUCGACAAGAGAAAACUCAGCAAAAAAGGAGAGGUGAGCGAUUACUCGAGUAAUUCAUCCGCUGUCACUCUGGAAGCUCUGCACCAGCUGGCCGCAUCCUACUUCAUCGACAGGGAGAGCACCCUCCGCAAACUGCAUCAUAUCCAGAUCGCUUCAACUGCCAUCAAGGUGACAGAAACUCGCACGGGUCCCCUUGGAUGCAGUAACUAUGACAACCUCGAUUCUGUUAGCUCUGUACUGGUUCAGAGCCCUGAAAACAAGGUCCAACUGCAAGGCUUGCAAGUCAUCCUCCCAGACUACUUGAGAGAAGGUUUUGUGCAAGCUGCUCUCAGCUACAUAGCUUGUAAUAGCGAAGGGGAAUUUGUCUGCAAGGAUAACGACUGCUGGUGCAGCUGCGACGCCAAGUUCCCAGAAUGCAACUGUCCUUACGUGGACAUCCAAGCCAUGGAAGAGAGUCUGGAGAGGAUCACAGGGACGUGGGGGCAACUUUACAAAGAUUUUGAGGAAUCAGAUGAAUUCAAGGCCUUUUACGGAAGGCUGCCUCAAACCCAUUUUCUGAACAUGUCAACCAUCCAACACUUGUGGUCACUUGAUAACCAGUUCCACGGGAGAUACGAACAGCUGGAGAACGGUAUGCGGGUCCUGGCCAAGCACGCUGAGAGAGUCAUCUUCAAGCUCUUCAGUUUAAGUAAACGAUGUCACCUACAGCCACAAGUUCGCCAACCAAGACAGAAGUCUCAGUCCUACUGGCUGAGUCAUUUCCAGUCUCUCUUGUAUUGUUCAGAGAACAAUCAGCUUGGUGCAUUCUCUGAGGAACUCCACAGCUGCAGCUGUCGAUAUGAACAGAUCCCCUGUCAGCUCCCUCCACCCUGCUCGGUCGGCGAAGGCUCUGCCUGUGCGGAGUGUGCGCCAGACAACCACACCCGAUGUGGUAGCUGCAACCAAGGCUUUGCUCUGACACAAGGAGCCUGUAAACCAAUGGUGGCCGACUCCACGGAAAACUACUUAGGAUUUGAAACGGACCUCCAAGAUCUGGAACUCGGCUACCUUCUUCAAAGGGCCGAUCGCAGGCUUGAGGUCCAUGCCAUUUUCAUCAGCAACGACAUGCGCCUCAACAGCUGGUUUGACCCCUCAUGGAGGAAGAGGAUGCUCCUGACCCUGAAAAGUAACAAGUACAAGUCCAACAUGGUCCACAUGCUGCUGGGGAUAUCUCUUCAGAUUUGCCUUACAAAGAACAGCACACUUGAGCCCGCCCUUACACUUUACAUCAACCCCUUCGGAGGGAGCCAUUCGGAAAGCUGGUUCAUUCCAGUCAACGAGAAUAACUUUCCCGACUGGCAUGCCACCAAACUGGACUUACCCUUCGAGUGUUACAACUGGACGCUGACACUCGGUAACAAGUGGAAGACAUUCUUCGAAACGAUCCACAUAUACCUCCGGAGUAGGAUAAAGACCCCGAACGGAGCGAAUGACAGUGUUUAUUAUGAACCGUUAGAUAUGACGGAUCCUGGUCGUAACCUUGGCUACAUGAAAAUCAACAGCAUCCAGGUCUUUGGCUACAGUAUGCACUUUGAUCCGGAGGCUAUCCGUGACUUGAUUCUGCAACUGGACUACCCUUACACGCAAGGUUCCCAGGACACGGCUAUGCUGCAGCUCUUGGAAAUACGUGACCAGGUUAACCGGAUAUCGCCUCAAGGUCAACCCAGAUUGGACCUGUUUGCUUGUCUUCUCCGACACCGACUCAAACUGACUGCCAGCGACGUGGCUCGCAUUCAUGCCUCCUUGGAGGCCUUCAGCUCUCGCCUGCCUAGUUCAACAGAUUAUGAAACCACAAAGCUUUGCAGUUAACAGCUGCUGCGAGAGAAAUCGGACUUUUAAACGGGUCACAAGAGUACUGAUUGGACUUGGAAGUAAACUGCACCGUUUGUGGCGCAUUUGUUUACAGUGUCAAUAGGUUACCAAACGUGGCUGAUUUUGAGUCGACAAGCUGAGGACUGCUAAGGAAUGUACUCCAGUUUCGGGGUUUUGUGAAGACGUGGCUGAUUUUGAGUUGACAAGCUGAGGACUGCUAAGGAAUGUACUCCAGAUUUGGGGGGUUUUGUGAAGACCGCCUGCCGUACGGUGGUAUGUCAAAGGAUGGGAGUGGUUAAAGAAAAUGCACAAAUAUUCAGAAAUAAAGUAAACCGCAGUACAAACUCAAGAUACCUUGUGACUAACCAUCGGAAGACUGCUCGUUUUUACUGUAAAGACAUCAGUGGACAGAUUAUUGCUAAAAUGUCGCAGUCUUUUGUUUGUAAUAUUUUUUAUAUGUCUCUUUGCUUUAGGUAGCAGUGCACUUUCCAUGAAGCCCAGAAUACAGUGGUGUCAAGUCAACAUUUUGUAGAUAAAUUGAUAUUAAAAUGUGCAAAUUAA